AUGGACAUUGAUUAUGCUAUUAGGAAGGAUGAACCACCUACAGCUACAGAAACUAGCACUCAGAAUGAAAUUGCCCUAUAUGAACGUUGGGAGCGAUCUAAUCGCUUGAGUAUGAUGUUCAUCAGGACACGUAUAUCUGCUAGUAUUCGUGGUUCAAUCCCUGAGUGUAAUAAUGUUAGACAAUUACUGAAGGCUAUUGAUGAACAGUUUCUUGAAGAAAAUGGGAUUGUUGCCCAAUACACUAUGUCUGGUUCUCCAAACCAAAAUGGUGUAGCGGAAAGAAGAAACCGAACUCUAUUGGACAUGGUGCGGAGUAUGCUUAGCAGCUCCAAACUUCCUAAAUCACUGUGGGUAGAAGCUCUUAAAACAGCAGUGUAUAUAUUGAACCGAGUUCCAACAAAGGCUGUUUCUAAAACACCAUUUGAGUUAUUUAAAGGUUGGAAACCGAGUUUGCGACAUAUACGCGUUUGGGGAUGCCCGUCUGAAGUUUGCACAAGACCUGACAUUGCAUUUGCUAUUGGGAUAUUAGGAAGAUAUCAGAGUAACCCAGAGGUAGUUGGUUACUCCGAUUCAGAUUUUGCUGGCUGUAUUGAUUCAAGAAAAUCAACAUCUGCAUAUAUUUUCUUGUUUGCCGGCAGAGCCAUAUCUUGGAGGAGUGCCAAGCAGUCAUUGAUUGCUACAUCUACCAUGGAGGCUGAGUGCCCCAGAACUCCAUUUGCUAUAUGCUCCAAGCAAGUUCAUAAAAGGCAUACAAGUAAAAAAGUGGUAAUCUCUGUGAUUACUGCUGGUGUCAUAGUUGCAAUACUUGUUGUGGGUUCUUUCGUUUCAUGUUACAGAAGGAAAUCUUCAGAAAAAAGUGCCAUUACAUCUUCGAAUGACAAUCAGUUGCGUUUGUCUCUUUUUGACAUAGCAAAUUCAACUAAUAACUUUUCUGAUGAAAAUUUGAUUGGUGUGGGCAGUUUUGGUUAUGUGUAUGAACGUGUUCUUGCUAAUGACAGAAAAAUUGUUGCAAUUAAGGUGUUAAAAGUUGAACAACAAGGAGCCUUGAAAAGUUUCAUUGACAAAUGCAAUGCUUUGAAAAGUAUGCGACAUCAUAACAUCCUAAAAAUCAUCACUAUUUGCUCUAGUGUUGAUUCUGAAGGAAAUGACUUUAAAUGUUUGGCUUUUGAGUUCAUGGCUAAUGGAAGUUUGAACAAGUGGCUUCAUCCGAAUCCAGACGAGCAACCUGCUGGAAUCAAGAAAUUGAGCUUUAUGCAGAGGUUGAACAUAGCAAUUGAUGUUGCUUCUGCUUUCGAUUAUCUCCAUAACCAUUGUGAGAUACCAAUUAUGCAUUGUGAUUUGAAGCUAAGCAAUGUCCUAUUUGAUGAAGAUAUGACAGCCCACGUCGGUGACUUUGGAUUGGCCAGGUUCGUUUAUGAAUCUUCAGAUAAUACCUUGCAAAGUCAAAUAAUGUUAGGCGGUCUAAGAGGUUCCAUUGGUUACAUUCCUCCAGAGCAAAUGGAUGGCCAGGUUUCUAGGCUGGGAGACAUAUACAGCUAUGGUAUACUAUUAAUGGAGAUGUUUACAGGUAAGAAACCUACAGAUGAUAUGUUUAAAGAUGACUUGAACAUUUAUAAGUUAGUUUUAAUGGCUUUUCCAAAUCAUGUGAUGGAUAUCGUUGACUCAUCACUACUGUUUGAAGAAGAAAAUGGAGAUGGCGAAACAGAUGACGCAGUGAUGAGAAACUUGGAAUCUGAAAAAAAUAACGAAAGGAAAAUGGAAGAAAUGUUGGUUUCAGUGAUGAGAAUUGGACUCAUGUGCUCCACAACAUCUUCAGGAGAGCGGAUGACAAUGAAGGAUGUGGUCAACAAUCUAAAAUCUAUUAGAGACUCGUUUAUCAAGUCUGAGGAAACCAAAAGGCAAAGCAGGAGAUAAACUGUUAUCAACCUCUCUUAAUCC